UUUGGCACACCGCACCACCGCGCUCGUAACCCUGGUUACAAAUCACACAAACAAAUACACCGUUCGUUAAGGACGCGCUUAGUGCGGUUUGUUAUGGCUUCUCUCGUGUCGGGGGGUUAAUUAUUGUGUAGAAUUUAUAUAUCUUUUAGAGAUAAGCCUUUUAUACACAAGCAUCCAAAGAUGAGUGAACUAAAUUCAAUGGAGGUCGAUUUGAGUGAAACUAUUCAGGACAUUGCGAUGAAAUUGGUUGCCGAGCAGAUGAAAAACGAAACCAGUUUGACUAUUGGUCCUUCCGAGCGGACUAUUUUUGUGUUGGGAAGCAAAGAAGCGGGUAAAUCAACACUCAUAAACAAGUUUCUGGAUAGGGACGAUACAACUAGGCCAACGUUGGCGCUGGAAUAUUCUUUCGGUAGAAAAACGGCAGCCGGUCAGGGAGCGCAGAAAAAUGUUUGCAAUGUGUGGGAGUUGGGCAAUUUGGUCAACUCAAAUCAACUGAUUGAGGUUCCUGUCCGGUCAUGCGAGUUGAACACGUUUUCAGCAGUCAUCGUUCUAGAUCUGUCACAUCCUGACCGCCUCUGGACUGAUUUGGAAUGCGCUCUGAAUGGGGUGAAACAAGCCGUCAAUAAGAACUGUUCUUCGAAUGAUAUCGCUAAAAUGCUAGACACCAUGAAGCAGCGUAUCGGUGUUGACCAUGUCGAUCUGAGCACCCUGGAAAUUGUUCCUUUUCCAGUUUUCAUUGUUGGUGCAAAGUAUGACCUGUUUCAAAACCUAGACACGGAAAUCAAAAAGCAUGUCUGUCGAUGUCUUCGGUCGAUAACCCAUGCGAUCGGAGCUGCGUUAGUGUUUUACUCUACAAAAAACACUGCUCUGUCGAAGAUAGUGCGCGACACAAUGAACCACCUUGGCUUUGGGAGUCCUUCGAAUCCAUUCAAAACUACGGCCACAGAUCAUAACGGUCCGAUUGUGGUCCCCUUCGGUGCGGAUUCGUGGGAACGCAUUGGAGUAACGCCAUCCAAUUCGGAACGGAUCGGGUCGAAUUACAGUGCCGAAAUUCCACAGCUGAACAUGGAGCGGACCGUGUUGCCAGAUGAUCCGGCAAAAGAUGCCGGUUUUCGGGAGCGGGAAAUCGAUGCAUUGCGUGCUCAGAGAGAUGAAGAGCUGAUGCGCUUUCUGAGGGGUACCGAAAUUCGGAUGAAGUUCGAAACGGUCCAGUGA